AUGGCCAACAAAGUCUUUCUUGCGGCUGUCGCCGCCGACGUUCUCUUUCUCGCCUCGGGCAUCCUCGAGCUGGUCUUCUCGCUGGUCGUCAGAAGCCAAAUGAACGAUGCUCCCCAGGAUGGCGAACAGGCCACAAGGAAUCUACUUCACCAGCGAUUCCCUCUCACCGCUGGUAUUGUCAAUGCCGCCUUUAUCCUCGCCACGUUUGCCGUCACCCUGCCAGGACUCGUCAUGCCCGCCCGAAGCAUUCUCAAGAUUUCCGGAUACAUGGUGACUUUCUGUGCCAUCUUCACCAUGUGUGUGGGCGUCUUUCUCUGGGUCAUGACAUUGAGGAUUCGGGAGCAAUUCUUCGACAUCUACAUUGCGCAAGAACCCGAGAUCCAGAGCUUGAUCCAGGUUUCUUUUGAGUGCUGCGGAUACUCCAACAGUACCACACCCGCCUUUGUCAUGGACACUACGUGCACCAGCCCUGCGAGCGCAGCUCUUCUACGAGGCUGCGCGACAGCCAUCUCCAGCUUCUCAAACCUUCACAUCGACAGCAUCUUUACCGUUGUCUUUGGACUUGUUGGUGUUGACGCCAUCUUUAUCCUCUGCAUCGCCUGCCUUCUCAAGGACCGCAAGGAGCGCGAGCGCUACCGACACAUUGACGAGAAGUCCGGCUACCGACAGAUUUAG